AUGGAGCUCGAUGUCGACGGUCCAUCUGCCGAGGCAAACGGCUUGCGGACGCCAAAUGAACCCAACAUGAAUGACGAGAUGGAAACGGAACUGACGGAGCUCGUCAAUGAGCAGCAGUUCGAGCCACCGGACGUCUCUCAGACACAGCAGUACCUGCAGGCUGAGACAAUCUCCGCACAAGAUGUCAACGACUGGGCCAAUCUGCCCGAGUUGCCAAGACGGCAACUUGGAUUAGCUCAAACAAUCACCAAUAUCUACCGCUCAUCAUUCACCAUCCUGCUCCAAGCUUGGAAUUGCCCUCCAGCGGAAUGCAUACCCGCAGAGCUCCGCACGAGAACACCAUACUCACUCGGACUGGUUGUGCGCCUAGCCGAGCUCGCGCUGCUCACUCGAGGAUGCAGGGAUCACGCGCAUACGAUGCUUCGCACAUUAGUGCAAGACAGGUCCGCAAGGCUGGCAACACCGCCAAAUUUCAUCGUAGUAACUGGAAUGGCGAGGGGAAUGCCUCAUAAGCGCUUUGUGGAGCACCGAGUCCAGGAGUACGUUGGGGGACUAAUGAUUGACGACGUCGAGAUAGCAAAGGUCCAGUGUAUGACUACACCUGGCUAUCAGCCUGCUAAGAUUCCUGCCGAGAGCCGCGCAGAUCGAGCCGCCAGACGAAAGAACCGAUCCCACUCAUUGCCUCCAGGCCAGGAUGCAAUCUCACAGAAUCAGAGACCACACUACGAAGCGCACGUGGGCGAUGGCGCGCGAGGCCUCGAAUGGUUCAAGGAGCAGCAUAAGCAGCAGCGGUCGAUCAGACCCGCAAUUCGGGGUAGGGGUAAGAGAGACAGAAAGCGGCGAGAGGAGAUUUUGGGGUCUCGCCCGAGACGGUCAGUUGAAGAGCGUGCAUCGAAUGGCAGUCCGACGGGCGACGACCAACAGAUGCAAGACGCCGCAGCCAGUGAACAGAUGGGGGACUCGACGCGCGUGUCGUUCACGUCUUCGCACCAAGAACCACCUAAGGACCAAACUCGAAGACGACAGAGGAAGCCAAGAUCUGCCAAGCAACGUGCUAAAACAGUCGAUGGGUUCAUGGCCCGCAUUUUCGAUGGAAUCAGCAUGGAGAACGGUGGGGAGCCGAAUGAUGGAGGUCGGCAGGCGAUCCAAACUCCAGCGUUCCUGAUAGCAGAGCAACAAACCAGUGACAAGGCGCUGCCAUCUGAGCGUUCCGGUCUGCCUUCGUCGCCAAACGGCACAGCUUGA